CUUCUCACCUUGCAUUGGAUUUGGCAGGCUUGUUUGAGUAGCUCCGGCCAUGGCUGUAAAGAUUGAAGCUUUGAAGAUGCUGAGACCUACCCACAUGAAGCUCCUCUACCACCAUGUCAUCUCUCAUGCUCUCUAUCUCUGCCUUGGCCCUUUGCUUGUCCUUCACCUUCCACGCCUGUCGAUAUCGAUGCAGAGUGAUCUCCGUGAGCUUGCGGAGCAGCCUUGGGUUAACGUACGGACGAUCGUCGCCAGUGCGACCCUCCUCAUCGCCAUGGCCGCCGUGUACGUAACGAGCCGGCCGCGGCCGGUCUAUUUAGUGGACGUGUACUGCUACAAGCCAAGCGAGGCUUACAUGGGCGCCCGGAGUAUGAUCAUAAAGCAGUUCGAGAGCAGCGGGGCGUUCACCGGCGACACCGUGGCCUUCCAGCGGAAGAUGCUGGAGAGGUGCGGGAUCGGGGACUCGUCCUAUUUCCCGGCCUCCUUGCUGUGCCGGCCGAUCAACAUGAGCCACAAGACGGCGAGGGAGGAGGCGGAGAUGGUCGUCUUUGGCGCCGUCGACGAGCUGUUCCGGACGACCGGGCUGAAGGCGAAGGACGUGAGGAUCUUGGUGGUGAACUGCAGCACCUACAACCCCACUCCUUCCUACACCGCCAUGAUCGUGAACCGGUACAAGCUAAGGGGCGACGUCAUAAGCUACAACCUCGGUGGAAUGGGCUGCAGCGCCGGACUGGUCUCCAUAGACCUAGCAAAGAAUCUCCUUCAGGUGCACCCAAACAGCUAUGCGCUGGUGGUCAGCACCGAGAACAUCACCGUCAACGCCUACUUCGGCAACAAUCGCUCCAUGCUCCUCAGCAACAGCCUCUUCCGGGUGGGAGCCGCCGCCCUUCUCCUCUCCAACAUCCGCUCCGACCGCCGCCGGUCCAAGUACCAGCUCCUGCACACCGUGCGCGGCAACAAAGCUGCCGACGACUGCAGCUACUCCUGCGUCUUGCAGGAGGAGGACGCGGACGGCAAGAUCGGCAUCGCCCUGUCGAAGGAGCUCAUGGCGGUCGCCGGCGACGCCCUGAAGGAGAACAUAACGACUCUCGGCCCACUGGUCCUCCCCAUGUCGGAGCAGCUCCUCUUCCUGGCGGCCGUGAUCAUGAAGAAAGUCUUCAAGUUAAAGAUCAAUAGCUACGUUCCCGACUUCAAGCUGGCCUUCGAGCACUUCUGCAUCCACGCCGGCGGCCGUGCCGUGCUAGAUGAGCUCGAGAAGAACCUGCACCUGACCGAAUGGCACAUGGAGCCGUCGAGGAUGACACUCUACAGGUUUGGCAAUACUUCCAGUAGCUCACUGUGGUACGAGCUCUCCUAUUGCGAGGCCAAACGCCGGAUCAGGAAGGACGACCGGGUGUGGCAGAUUGCAUUCGGGUCAGGGUUCAAGUGCAACAGCGCAGUCUGGAGAGCUCUGAAGACCGUCAGCCAUGUUCAGAAGAAUCCAUGGAUCGAUGAGAUCGACAAAUUCCCGGUUCAGGUGCCGAAGGAGGCGCCUAUCACGCCAUAGAAACAUAGGAUCCCGCAAUUACUGUGGUAACUUUUAAUAAGGCACACACACAAGAAAGCACUAUGUUUAACAUGAUGCUUGGGAUAUAUCUUAGUUUAUAUACAUCUGCAAGCACAACACCUGUUGCACACAUUUAGGUGAAGCUGCUUUUAGUUUGCCGCUGUACUGUUGUCUGCUAAGAAAUAGUGAUAUCGAUACAAGAGAGGAAGAGUGGCUUGAGAUGGUAAUAGUUACUGAUUUAUGCCCCCUCCUGACAGAAUUUGGAUGGAAGUCAAUUAUACUUUUAUCCACUUCAAAGCAAAGAUGUAACAUAAGAAGUCGUGGGGUACCCUUAUUAUCUUGUUGGUGGAACCCAUCCUUAUAUAUUUGGCACUUGAAGAAGAA